UUUCUUUAACCUUAAUUCGGAAAAUUUCUCUCUCCCCUUAAGGCCAUCACCCCCUUUCCCCCUCAAUUCCAUCUCUCCCUCCUACAAUGGGCAAUUGUUGCUCUCACGGCAACGGUGGUAAUGCCCCCAAUAGUAAUGACGAGGGAGAAAGGGAAAACCGGCGGGACAAUGGUGCCAAUUCUGCCUCCGGGGAGAAUUUAACCGCAGCACCUAAGCCCUUGCCGCCUUCCCCAUCUCCAGGGACCUCCUCCAAGGCUGCCAAGUCAUCUCCUGUUGGACCCGUCUUAGGCCGCCCCAUGGGGGACGUUAAAUCGACCUACAGCAUCGGGAAAGAAUUGGGUAGGGGACAGUUUGGGAUUACACAUUUGUGUACCCACAAGGUCACCGGCGAACAAUAUGCAUGCAAGACGAUUGCCAAGCGGAAGCUGGUUAACAAGGAGGACAUUGAGGAUGUUCGGAGGGAGGUUCAGAUCAUGCAUCAUUUAACGGGGCAGCCAAACAUUGUGGAACUCAAGGGAGCCUACGAGGACAAACACUCUGUUCAUUUAGUCAUGGAGCUCUGCGCCGGAGGAGAGCUCUUCGACAGGAUCAUCGCCAAGGGACAUUACACAGAACGCGCCGCCGCGUCUUUGCUCCGAACCAUUGUCCAGAUCAUACACACCUGCCAUUCCAUGGGUGUCAUCCACAGAGAUUUAAAGCCUGAAAAUUUCCUCUUGUUGAGCAAGGCCGAAGAUUCACCCCUCAAAGCCACUGACUUCGGUCUCUCAGUCUUCUACAAACCAGGGGAAGUGUUUAAAGACAUCGUCGGAAGUGCAUAUUACAUUGCUCCGGAAGUGUUGAGGAGGAGAUAUGGACCCGAAGCCGAUAUAUGGAGCAUUGGUGUGAUGUUGUAUAUUCUUCUAAGCGGUGUUCCCCCCUUCUGGGCUGAAUCCGAAAAUGGGAUAUUCAAUGCAAUUUUACGGGGGCACAUCGAUUUCACAAGCGAUCCAUGGCCCUCAAUUUCGCCUCAAGCGAAAGAUCUUGUGAGGAAAAUGCUAAAUUCAGACCCUAGGCAGAGGUUAACAGCAGUCCAAGUUCUAAGUCAUCCAUGGAUCAAGGAGGAUGGAGAAGCACCAGACACUCCUCUUGACAAUGCCGUAAUGUCUCGGCUCAAACAAUUCAAAGCAAUGAACAAAUUCAAGAAAGUUGCUCUAAGGGUGAUUGCAGGGUGCCUAUCAGAGGAAGAAAUCAUUGGACUGAAGGAGAUGUUCAAGGGCAUAGACACGGAUAACAGUGGCACGAUAACACUUGAAGAGUUGAAGCAAGGGCUUGCCAAGCAAGGGACUAAAUUAACAGAAUACGAAGUUAAACAAUUAAUGGAAGCUGCUGAUGCAGAUGGCAAUGGAACCAUUGACUAUGAUGAGUUCAUCACAGCCACAAUGCAUUUGAACAGAAUGGACAAGGAGGAUCACCUUUAUACUGCCUUCCAACACUUUGAUAAAGACAACAGCGGGUACAUUACUAAUGAAGAGCUGGAGCAAGCUCUCCGCGAAUACGGCCUGCUUGAUGGGAAAGAAUUAAAGGAAAUCUUGUCUGAAGUUGAUAGUGAUAAUGAUGGGCGGAUUAACUAUGAUGAAUUUGUGGCAAUGAUGAGAAAAGGAAAUCCAGAUGGAAACCCGAAGAAGCGGCGGGAUGAUGUGUUUGUUUGAUUUUUGUACUAGUGUUUUUUUCACUUUGAUGGUUAUAAUCCAUCUGGUGAAAUGAAUAGAAAAAAUGAAAAUCAUUUGUGGAUAUGAUCACGACAUUGGAGGGUGAAAAAAUGGUUUGCAUAUGCCUUAGAAAGCAAACAAGCGUUGUACAUUAAUAUUGUUGCACUAAAAAGAAGAUGAAGAGAUUGAGGUGAGGGGAUAUGGGCAUGGGGGGAUGGCUGAAGAAGAAGAAGAAGCAAGACGAAAUACAUUUUAUUGAUUAUGGGGGUUUGAUUUGAUGUGUGUGUUCUUGGGGAAUUAGAUGUCUAAAUUACAUUUUGUGAACAAUGUAACUAAGUCAUGUGUUACUAAUGCUAGGAGAUAAGAGCUGUAUU